UACACAUGAAUUACCUGUACGACAGAAUUUCGCAAUGCGAAACGACGACCUUCGUAAGAAGGUAUUUAACUCGGCGGUUUGGAGCAGUAUCGCUCAAUAUCUAUCCAGUACAACAUAUGACAUGAGCUUCAACCUCAACUUCGGCAAAAGUGACAAGUGACUCUACUUAAACAUUUGGUUUAAAAUUGUGCGCUUGUUUAUAAAUUAUUAUGUCUAGUAAUUUAUUAAAACAUUUAUCUACAACACAGGAAACAUUAAUCGGUAAUUAAUAAGUAUUGAUUUAUAUACAUAUUUAAUUCGCUUUAAGGCGUACGUUAUACGCAGCGGAUCAUAAUGGAUAUACAUUUGCGGGAUAUAUUGUGUUCGUUGUCCCAUUUUGUUGUCUAUGCCAUACUGGCGAGUGCUGGUGUCGAUGGCGGGAGUAUACGUCGACAGACGGCCACGUGCACAGAGAACUCUGUCGUCGACAUUGAGUCAAAUGCUGGGGUGAAAAUAGAACCUAUUGAACAGAGUCGCGUCUAUAUUGAAACACUGUCUACGCCUUUUGAUGACGGGCACACUUUGCGUUUUGAAUUCAAUACCAAAUCCGGCAACGGAACGCUGUUCUAUGCCGUACGCCGCAAUGACAUCUACGACAUGGUGUCAGCGGAGAUCAGUGACGGAUACGUGCAGUUUAAGAUACGCUGCCGCUCCUCGUACGCUGACCUCACAAUUCCGGGAAUCCGGGUGGAUGAUGGCGAGUGGCACAGGAUCAAGUUCCACCGCAAGAAACGUAAGGGCAUCUUCCUGCUGGAUGACAUGGAGUACUUCGAGCACUACUAUGUGGGCUGUGGUGGCUUUACCUCCGUCAACUUCGGCAGCACCCACCGCGACCACGAUGACUCCUUCAGCGUGCGCGAGUUACAGGUAGGACAUAAAAACGGCCAUUUAAGCGGAUGUAUACGUAAUGUUAAGAUAACUACGGGAAUAGACACACCGCCCAAGUACACAGCCAUUUCGCAGUGCAAUUGAAGACGUCGCUAUCUCUCUAGCACGAGGAGCACGUGUAUUAUACUUGUGACUGACGCCAUUCCAUUGACAGCGUCUUGUAAACUCUGGUGGUAACAUUGUGUCGUCAUACGUGUGGUACAGCUGUGGUACGGCUGACAGCCCUAAGUAUUGCUGCAUGAUAUACGGUGUUACCGAUUUUGUAUACUAUUUUGAAGACGACGCAUCAGAUAAACACUCAAGCGCAUUGCAAUCAAGCACAGUAUAAUGACAAGGACUAUGCGCACAUUUGAUGCGAACGUAUGUGUGCAGGGUAACUAGAUGAAUCUCAGCACAUGUUACUUGCACCACCAGAAGCCAAUCUGAUCUCCGAUAUUGUACACAAUACAAACGUAAAGAUCUCUACGUUUGUAUAUUAUGGUAACACACAUUUUAUCUACGUUUAUGUUACUUAUAGCAACCGGUCUAACGACAAAUGAACAUACAUGUAUAUAGCCACGUUUUGAAAUGGCUGUUUUUGACCGUUCCGUCCAUAAGUUGUUGUGUCGUUACCUCGAACUGCUUUGUAUUUGUAGACCAUUAUUAAACAAUGGACAUGUU